GUUGAAAGCGGCAGCAGCAGCAGCAACAGCGGCAUUGCCGUCCAAAGCUUACAGGCGACCAUUUUUGCAGCCGUCAGAGCUUGUAUGGCUGACUAGCUGACUGCAUACAUUCGCCGUCGGCGUCGCCACCAACGCCGCUGCCGCCUGUCAGCCAGUUAGCCAGCCAAGCUAAGCGCGCUGUUGCUGCUGCCCGCUUUUGAUGUUGCGCUCCGUUUUAUAUGCUCUAGUUCGAAUCUUGGCGUUCGUUUCAUUGCGCCAGGAUAUCCUGAUUUCUAAGAGAAAGAAGCGUAUUUACCGUAUACACGUCGUCGCCGUAAACGAACUGAACACUGCAAAUUUUUUCGGUUUUUGGCCGUUUGGAAUUUGGAUUUUUCGGCCAUACUUAACUGGCAGCCCAACCAUUGUACCCUAGUUGCGUAUUUGCUUUUUUAAGAGGCACUAAAAAAAUUCCAUUCCGUUAAGGUGCGCACCAUAAAGGAUCUGUGUGCGACGCGCGCGUGAGGCAUAGUCACAUGAUUAUUGUACAAUACAAUAUUAUCGAGUCGCGACUUGACGCGAAAUAAAAAUGCAAUAAACACCGACGCAAUGAACGCGACGCGGCUACACGCUUAACGGCGAGGUGUUGAUAAAUGGAAAUUGUAAAGAAGAAAAAUAAUUGUAAUAAUAAUAAACGUUAAGCGAAAUCGAUUAUGCAAGAAGGCGUGUUUAUAUUUUUAAGUCAAGUUAAAGUGGUUAAAAGGUCGUAAAUUAUCGAGAAAAGCUAAUGAAAUAUUACGAAAAGCAUAAUUAAAAAUAUUAAAAAAAAAUUAUAUAAAAAAUGCAACAACAACAUAAAUAGUGAAAAACAACAACAACAAAAAUAAAUAAAAAAAUUAUAUGAAAAAAGUCCACCCUUGAAAGUUGUUGACACAUUCUAAUCAAAAUAAUCGUCGCCUUACAACAAAACAGUAAUCAGCAAGAACAACAAAACCAAACUAACUUCAACAGCAACAACACAAAACCACAUUCAUCUGACGCACCAUUUGAUUGCAUUGCAUUUUGUUGCAACUAGUAAGCAACCAACCAACCAACACACUUGCCACAAUGCCGUCGGCUUUGCAACAUAUCAAGUGAGCGCGUCAACUGCGGAUACCAGUUUCUCGCUCUUCUGCAUGCCGCCGCUAGUGAUUAAUUGCGACUGAGGUGAAAAAUAUACGAAAUUCUCGCUUUGGAAGGCAGCUUAAAGUGGUUUGAGACUCCGCUAUCCGCAAGCAACCAAUGAAGGUUGGAACAGUGCGACGUCUGCGAGAGUUUGGGAACUGCUGAUUGGAGCGCGCGCCAACUGCUGGUCUACAACGGUCACUGGAGAGUUUUAGCAGAGACACGGAGCAUGUGUUCCAUUUUUCAUAAUCGCAUCAACUAUCGCGGUUUGCGCAGCAAUUCCAGUGGCAGCAAUAGUAGCGGCAGCAUAAGAGAUUUAAGCAAAGAAUUGGAUGCGGAUCGCAAUAAUAAUGGUGGCAGCGCUGGGGGAGCUGUUGUGGGAGUCAGCGAUCAAAAUGAACACAACGGGGAUGGCGCGACUGAAAGAAAAGCGGAUACCCGGUCGCCUCUGAAGAGCGCUAACUCCACGCCGGACAGCGCAGUUGUCGACGAGAACGCCGAUCCGCAGUGCAAUAUGCGUGCGGCCAGCGUAGAACUGGCAGAGCAACGUAGCAGUGUCGAACGCGAUGAAGGCGAAGACGAGUCGGAAGAGUUGGCGGGCGAUAGCAAUGAGGCGCUGGAUUUAUCCGUGCUGCCGAGCAAUCGACUGCCCGGUAGCGGUCAUGUAGCAUUGGAGGCUUUACAACACACCAAAGUGGCGGUGGCGCAAUUCGCCGCCUCAGCGCUGAGUGGCGCACAGAAUUACGGCGAAGCCAUGAAUGAGCUAGCGAUGGUGCAAUCGACGAUACUGAAUGUGCAGCGGCAACAUCUGAUGCAACUGCAACUGAUACAGCAUCUGCAGAGUCAACUCAAGCGCGCUGGGGAUCUAACAAUGGAUGCGGAACAGCUUGAGGAUGAACAGCAGGCUGAAGAUGAGUCCGAGCACUCAGCGCCAAAGCGCCGAUUCUUGCAGACGCCACCGGCAGAAACGGAAGAGAAGCGGACAACAGCUGAAACUGCGGAUGUUGCUCGUCGAUGCGCGAUCGAGUCGACAAAUACUCACAACAACUUGCAAACUGGUGAACCGCUCAGACCUAAGCGUCCCGCAUCUACGACGAAUGAAGAGAAUACAAAGACUGAAGUUAUAACCAAUACAAAGACGAGAGAGCAGGUGUCAAAGCAUGCCAAAAAUGAGGAAGGUACUGGUAUUACAAAUCUCAGUACUGUCGGUCCUACACCACCAACCCAUAAUACCGCAACCAACAACAACUAUCAACCCUUGAUGUGCGACAUUAGCUCCUCACUCGCCUCGAGCAUUAUCACGAAUCAUGAUCCACCUCCAGCACCCAAUGAGCCCAACUGUUUGGAGAUGUUACAGCGACGUACUGAAGAGGUGCUCGAUUCGGCUUCGCAGAGCUUGCAUGCUUCACAUCUGGAGGAAUAUGAGUACUCGCAGAAGGAUGCGCAGGGUAGGGGUGAAAUCUUUAAGCAUCGCUGCAAGUAUUGCGGUAAGAUCUUCGGCUCUUUCUCGGCUUUACAGAUACACUUGCGUUCACAUACCGGAGAACGUCCAUUUCAUUGCAAUGUCUGCGGCAGCAAAUUUACAACGAAGGGAAAUCUGAAGGUCCACUAUCAACGGCAUACACAGAUAUUUCCACCAAUGUUGCUAGCGCCUGGUCCAGGUGGCACGGUUGUCGAACAGUUUCCGUCGUAUGGCGCACCAGUCGGCGGACCACCGCUGAUGCCAGGUGUGACACCAAUAAGAUUAUCUGCACCUGCGGAGGAUUGUACGCAGCUGAGUUGUGAGGAGCCUGUGCAGCUCGCACACAAGGAAAAGUACGACGAACAAGCGAAGCAACCAAUAACUAACCGCGGCACAAAGCCUGAAGCACCAAUUUCACCCAUUGAUACGCCACAGGACCUAAGUAAGCCGCAUCAUUCGCCAGUGCUGCGUGAAACUCCGACUAUCUUAGAGCCGCGAAAGUCACCAAAGACAUCACCGGUAAUAAAACCAAGUGUAGAAGCUAAACACGAAAAACCGGAGCGUACUAACAGUCAAAACCCGCCACCAACAAAUCAACAUGCGCCUAAACGCAGCAGUAGCGCGCGAAAGCGGAACUCUCGCGCCAAUACGCCUCAUGCCGGCGCCAGCGAAUCGCGUAAAAUGCAUGCACACGAGAAAUCUGAACGAGAGCGCGAACGCAUGCUGGAAGGCGGUGAGUUCCUGCACAAGUCCGCAUCGGCCUUACGGCGCUCAUCGCUGAGUCGUAAUUCCAGCAAUAGUGGGCUCGAGCCGCCGCAUAUCUCGUCCGAGUACUCACUGGCGCAGAUGGAACGCAUUAUUGAUAAAUCCUGGGAGGAUCUCAUCGAGAUCGACACCACAUCGGAGACUUCGAAGCUACAGCAGCUCGUGGAUAAUAUCGAGAAUAAGCUAACCGAUCCGAAUCAAUGCAUUUUCUGUCACAAAGUGAUGUCCUGUCGCAGCUCGCUACAAAUGCACAUACGCACACACACCGGCGAACGACCUUUCCGGUGUAAAAUAUGCGGACGUGCCUUCGCAACCAAAGGUAAUCUGAAGGCGCACAUGAGCAUACACAAAAUCAAACCGCCAAUGCGCAGCCAAUUCAAGUGUCCCGUCUGUCAUCAGAAGUUCUCGAAUGGCGUCAUACUGCAACAACACAUACGCAUACACACGAUCGAUGACGGCAGUGGCACUUUGGUCGGCUUGCCGGGCGUCAACCUAAACGGUGGUAUGUUGGGUGCAUUCUCACUGCCAAUGGGCGCACUGCCACCGGGCACACCCAACACCGCCGAAGCUGUGGCGGAGCAUAAUGCACGCAUGAAGGCGCACAUGGAUGCAGCGAUCGAGGAUCAAAACUCGAAUAAGUCAAUGGGCACUUCGGACAACUUUGAUUUCUCCACGACGUCCGAUUACUCCGGUCAGCGUUCCGGUUCGUCGCAAGGUGAUUUCGACGACUUCAUGACCAUGGACAGCACAGAUGAUUCACGCGAAAACACGAGCUCUAUAACGCCCUUCGAUCGUCGUCUAGCCGACGAGUAUGCCGACGAGCAUAUGCAUGAGUCCGUUGGUGAACGCGGUGAAAAUGCUGACCUGCCCAAUCCGAUGGCCGCCAUGGCAGCUGCUGCGGCUAUGGAUCUCUCGGCGCGUGGUUUCCCCACAAAUGGUGUGACACAGAAGGCGCUGGAACAUCAUCUACCCAUGUUGGGUAUGUCACCGAAUUUUCUGCUAAUGGCUGCGGCGCGCGAAGAGAUGCAAAUGUUGGGCGCGCACGCCAAAUUUCCGCUAUUGCCUUUCGGACCGCUGGGAUUUAUGGGUCUCCACCCCCAAACGCAUUUGUGCAAUGUAUGCUUCAAGAUCUUCCCCACUACGACAGCAUUGGAGCGUCACACGCAUAGUGAACAUACCAAAGAUGUUGCUAAUAACACAACAAAAACGACAACAACAACACCAACAGCAGUAGCUACUUCGUCAGCCACAACAACUACUUCUCUUGCUAGCAACAACAGCAGUAAUACAGCGACAACAAGUGCCACUGCAUCGGCAGCACUAGACACAACCAGUCGUUCUACGAAUUGCGAUGGAGCAUCACCAACAUACAAUGCGAAGCUUUCAGUGAGCAGUAAUCUCUUCCCAAAACAAAACACUGAAGAUGACAACAACGAACGCGCAAUCACAAACCGUACACCAACAAUAAGUAAUCAAAAUAACAGUAAAAAUUCAAAUAGCGGUAAUUGUUCAACCAAUGAAAGAAAAGCGAACAGUUCUAAUGAAUCGGCAGCUAGUGAGGCACCCGUACUGCCCGAGCGCAUUAAGCAAGAACCCGAUUUAGAAUCGGAAUGUGAGCCGCAGCAAUUGAAGACCAAUAUUUCAAGAUGCUCACCUACACCAACGACAACGCCAUCGCCUUUGCCAACACCAGGGGCACCGACGCUACCAAUGAUGACGGCUUGCAUACCACCAGCUUCGCCAAACAACAGUACAUUGGAACAACAUAGCGGUCCUACAGCAACACAUUCGCCAUUCGAGCACGCCGUACAUCCACAUCUGGGCUUGCCACACAACAACGCCGAGCAAUCGCUAAUGCAGAUGCAAUUACUAUCCUCACUUCCGCAUGAUACCAUGCAAUCUAUGCAACUGCAUUAUGGUAAUGCCCAUUACCAUCACCACUAUCAUCACCAACAACAACAACAACACUCGACAUCGCAUACACACCAACAACAACAAUUGUCAUCACAUAAAUCUUUGCUGCCCGCAGAUGCGCAUCGUUUCCCGACCGGCCCUUUGGACUUUCAACAGGCCUUGAUGUCGGUCGGUCCACCGAGCUUGAAUGCCGACGCUGCUGCUGCUGCGAAUCAGAAACAUUUUUGUCACGUUUGUCGUCGAAACUUCAGUUCGAGUUCGGCGCUUCAGAUCCACAUGCGUACGCAUACUGGGGAUAAGCCGUUCCAGUGCAAUGUGUGUCAGAAGGCCUUCACAACGAAGGGAAAUUUGAAGGUCCAUAUGGGCACUCAUAUGUGGACAAACCCCACAUCAAGACGUGGUAGACGAAUGUCACUUGAGUUACCAUUACAUCGACCAGGGAGUAUGCCAAGCGAGACGGAUUUCAUGCAGAGACGUCCCGAACUAUUUUUCCCAUACUUGCCGCCUUUCUUUAACGGAUUACCACCAAAGCCUGGUGAUCUAAGCCCCGGCGCAUUUCCGAACCUAACACCACCACAUUUUCCGAAUGGCGCAAGUGCUGGCAAAUAUCCACCAGGACUCUUGGGGCUGCCACCAUUUCUUGCACCGCCUUAUAAUUUCCCAGGCAUGCCAUCGCAUGGAGAGCACGGACAAGGUGAUAACAGUAAAUCACCUACACCGACAAGAGAUGAUAGUCGGCGUUUGGAGAGUCCUUCACGCGGUUCAGCCUUAGAAACGACAGCGCCUUGGCUUAUGUUGGGUAAAAUUAAAACCGAGAACAAUCAAAAUGACGAGUUAUCAACGACACCGACGAGUAGUUGUAAUCAAAUGGAUGAGUUGCACAACGAAGUGCAACAUAUAGUAGAUUAGAAGUGGAGAUUUAAACAUUAAAAUUGUUGAGAUUUUUAAUUUAGGAGAGCGGGUAGAGUGUGGGUUGAAAAGUGAUGCGAAUGGACAAGAAGGCAAGGGUUCUUUGAUAAUUUCAUAUAGAUUCGUAGCUUUAGAUAUUUGGAUCCUGAUAUCUCAAAAUUUUUUACUUCCCCUACAAUAGAUAUGACCGAAUUUCUCGAUUUCCGGAAUUAAGAAAGUUGUGGUCCAGGAAUCUAUAUUUUAGAUAUAUCUUCCUUUCAGUGUAAGAAAUUUGAAAGAACUAAUAAUAAACAACGGCGCUGUGAGAGGAAGAGCUGAAUUCGAAAAGCAGAUAGGUCUAUAAAACAUGAGAGGAAGUCCUAAGAAGUUGUUUCACGAUCCAGCGAUACUUGUUUUAUAAAAAUCUCAUAUAUUCUUCUGAUAGCUUGAUUCUCUGAACAUUUAAGAUAUUUUACUUCUUCAUAGAAGCUUUUGACGCUUGGGAAAUUGAAACUUUCUGGACUAUCCUUGCCACUGCAAAAUACUUAGUCUUCUUUCUAAGCAGCUAUAUCUUGAAAAUAGGUCACAAUUGAUGUCUGGUAGAAAUAUUUAUGGGAGAACGGGGAUCCUCUGCUUCCGGAUCUAAGCUGAUCAUAGUUAGAAUGGCUUCAAGAAUUUUUGCAAAAUUCUUCGGGGAAGUUCUGAGCUCUUUCUUUUGACCUUUCAACCCACUCUCACCCAUUUAUUUAUGCGGCAUUUUACUCUCAAGAGAGAAAAGUGAAUGUAAAAUUUAUUUUUUAAUGAGUAGUAAAACUGAAAACAUGGUUUUUGUGGAGUACAUAUCGUAAAAAGUUAAAAUGCUUAAUAAUUAUUGCUACUAAAUUAUGAACACAUGAAUAUUGUAAUUAAAUAGAAUUUAAACAAAAAACCGAAUAGUGAACGGUGUAAUUUGGUGGCUAAAAAGCUUAGGCAUGAAUAUGAUAUUGAAUAAUGUAAGGAGAUUAAAUUAGUGCGUAGCGUUUAAAGCGAGCGAUUUAGUUGUAGGUUAGAGGGCAAGGUGAAAAUAAUUAAGAAAUAAUAAUUAAAUUAUAAUCUAGUAUGAGACGCAUGUAUGCAUUUAAGUGGCAUUAACUUACUGUACAGUUAGCAUGUAAUAGGUAUAUAGAUAUAUAUAAUAUUAUAUUGAAUAAAAGUAAUUACUUAGUACUUAGCACUUAAUUAUUUAUGUAGUCAAGAUAUAAAGUGGCAAUUACCAGCAACGAUUUAUGAAAACACUAUAUUUAAGUCAGACAUACAUACUACAUACAAACACACACUUUGAAUGUGAAAACAAGCGUGCAAUGCAAUUUAUAAAUAUGUAACUGUAAGGGGAAUCAAAUGCGAAAUAAUUGAAAAUAUAAUAAAAUAAAAAUAAAUUAUUGAUUAAAAUUUAAUUUGGUUUAUUAUUAUUUAAAAUUUUUGUAUUUUUUCAGAUUUUUUUUUUUAAUUUUUAUAAUUUUUGUAAUUCAAAUGCCAAAUUACUAAAUAUUACGUCCUUCACAUUACCUUCAUUCACCAACACUCUAAAUGUAGGCAACGAACGAAGAGAAUAUUCAAAAUCAUUGCUUACAUCUUGGCAAUUUGUAUCAUUAUUACCGGAUUGGAAUCGUUUGGUAGUUCCCUUGUGAUUUCGUCGUUUACUCAUGAUGAGCGGGACCUUUGUUUAAUGUAAGAACAGCUUAUAACUGUUUUCAGAAUACAUGGGUCUAUAUAUUGAUAAUUGAUAACGAAACCUUUGAUAUAUUAUGGUUAGUGGCAUAAACUGUUAUAUAAGGCCUUGGAUAGACUACUCUUCCGACCAAAAUAAAAUGAUGCUGCUCGCUUUAUUAAUAAUAACAAAUCUCACGGAGUAUUUAUCUAUGAAAAAACUGUUUUUUUAAAUACAAUUUCGUAUAGGCUUCUUAAUUUUAUCGAAAGUUGGCACUUAAAAUGGAGAAGCUCGACGAAGUCAUAUGUUGAGUGGGUUAAAUGUUAUGGCAAGAAAUACCGGUGUAUUUUUUGAAUUUUUAAGGAUGGGAAAUUUAAAUAUUGAUAGAAGUAAAUAUAAACACGUUCUUAACACCUCUUCUUUAGACAUUUGAUAAGUCAAAACUCUCUCGAAUGAAUUGACCUCUUUCCCAGAAGAUUUCAUUUACUUUGAGGAUUUGACAGCCUUUGUAUUGUCAUUUAUAUUCCGAUACCUGCCGACACAGACAAGGAUGGAUAUGAAUUUAAUAUCUUUACCAACCCAAAGACCUUUGAUCUGAUCUUUACGCUGUACAAUAGUGAUUUAAUAGAAGAAAGUAUAAACAAGAUCUAAACACUUCUUUUUUUAUGCCUUUGGUUGGUCACAACUCUCUCGAAUGAAUUGACCUCUUUCCCAGAAGAUUUCAUUUACUUUGCGGAUUUGACAGCCUAAGUAUUGUCAUUUAUAUUCCGAUAUCUCCGAAAAGGAUGAAUAUACCAUCCCAGAGUCUUGUGAUCUGACCCUUACUCUCUACAAUAGUAUUCUAAUUGAUUUUACACAUAAAGGCAGGGAGAAGAAUACUGUACGCGACUGAUAUGCAGAUGACUGUUAUAUAGAUAAUACGAACCUUAUAACCUAUGAUUUGAAGGUUUCUGAGCUUGGUUUAAAAAAAUUUCCUAACCAAAAAAUGUUCAUAGAGCGAUAGCAGAAAAUUAAGAAAAGGGAACUCAAACUACGCUCAAAGAAAAUAAAUGUUUCAUAGAGAGUAACAUGGGAGAAAAUGGUCAUAACAGUUAGGGUCUUUAAUGGCAGUCUUCUCCGUAAGUAAAGACCAAUUGUCACUCCUCCAGUGAAUUUCAGUUUAUUAUUUAAUAUAUUUUCAUUAUUUUAUAUUUAAAUUAUCACUAUACCCACUGGGUGGUUCGAUAGAGUCUACUCUGAUCGGUAAAUCGAUGUUUUUUCGAAAAUGAAAGUGCUUGAAUGAUAUUAUGUCAAACAAAAAAAUAUAGUUGGAGUAGAUUUUAAGUGCUAGAUCUUGAGUUAUGAUUCAGAUUGAUAAACAAGGGUGAGGUGUGAAGCCUUAUUAGAACCUGUGGAGUGGUAAAUGAGUAUACGAGUAUGAGAACCCUUAUUCUACGUAAAACCUGAAAACAAUCUAUGAGUUCGUCGAAUUAUAAAAAUCGAAAAGAAAAUUUGAAAAUAAAAUUUGUUUAUAGUUUUUAGUAUUUUAUUUUAAAAAUUUGAAUUUUUUAGCAAAAUAAAGCUAAAAAUCACUCACUUACAAACACACAUACACCCACAUGCAUAUAAAUAAGAACACCCUUAGUAUAUGUAUAUUUAAUGAAGAGACGAAACGCAAGUGCUGGAUAUAAAUAAAUCAUAAAAAAUAUGUAUUGGUAAGUGGGAAUAAAGAACAGAAGGAAUGUGAAUAAAUAAU